ACCACGGUGCUCGGUCCCCAGCGGCUGUGGCAGCACUGACAGCAGCCUGUGCGCUGGGUCCCCGCGGCGCCCAGCCUCCCGCAUCCUGCAUUCGCCACCCUCUCCGAGUCUCCGCUAGCGCUAGUGCCCACCAUGGGGAAGCCCACGAGCUCUGGAUGCGACUGGCGCCGCUUCCUGCGGAAUCACUGGCUGCUGCUCUCCACCGUGGCCGCCGUGGUGCUAGGCAUUGUCAUAGGAGUCUUGGUUCGUGGACACAGUGAGCUCUCAAAUCUGGAUAAAUUCUACUUUGCUUUUCCUGGAGAAAUUCUAAUGAGGAUGCUGAAGCUUGUCAUUUUGCCACUGAUCGUAUCCAGCAUGAUCACAGGUGUCGCUGCCCUGGAUUCCAAUGUAUCUGGAAAGAUUGGCCUGCGUGCUGUCGUGUAUUACUUCUGCACCACCCUCAUUGCUGUGAUCCUCGGUAUUGUGCUGGUUGUGAGCAUCAAGCCUGGUGUCACUCAAAAAGUGAGUGAAAUCGACAGGACAGGCGAAAGCGCUGAAGUCAGCACAGUGGACGCCAUGUUGGACCUGAUCAGGAACAUGUUCCCUGAGAACCUGGUUCAAGCCUGUUUUCAGCAGUACAAAACCACACGUGAAGAAGUGAAGCCUGUCAGUGAUCCUGGGGGGAACGUGACAGAGGUGUCUGUCACCACCGCCAUGACGACAAUAUCUAAGAACCAGACAAAGGAAUACAAAAUUGUGGGCCAGUACUCAGAUGGCAUCAAUGUCCUUGGCUUGAUAAUCUUUUGUCUCGUCUUCGGACUUGUCAUUGGAAAGAUGGGAGAAAAGGGCCAGAUUCUCGUGGAUUUCUUCAAUGCGUUGAAUGAAGCAACCAUGAAAAUCGUCCAGAUCAUCAUGUGUUACAUGCCCAUUGGCAUUUUGUUCCUAAUUGCUGGGAAGAUCAUUGAAGUGGAAGACUGGGAAAUAUUCCGCAAGUUGGGCCUUUACAUGGCCACUGUCCUGAGUGGGCUUGCAAUCCACUGCAUUGUAGUACUGCCCCUGAUCUAUUUCAUAAUCGUGCGGAAGAACCCUUUCCGAUUUGCACUGGGCAUGGCACAGGCUCUCCUGACAGCUCUCAUGAUAUCUUCCAGUUCGGCAACCCUACCAGUUACUUUCCGCUGUGCAGAGGAGAAGAACCAGGUGGACAAGAGGAUCACAAGAUUUGUGUUGCCUGUUGGUGCCACCAUCAACAUGGAUGGCACUGCGCUCUAUGAAGCCGUGGCGGCUGUGUUCAUUGCACAGCUGAAUGGGUUGGACUUGAGCGUUGGGCAAAUCAUCACCAUCAGUAUCACAGCUACCGCUGCCAGCAUUGGAGCUGCUGGCGUGCCCCAGGCUGGCAUGGUGACCAUGGUGAUCGUGCUGAGUGCGGUAGGCCUACCUGCGGAGGAUGUCACCCUCAUCAUCGCUGUGGACUGGCUCCUGGACCGGUUCAGGACUAUGGUGAAUGUUCUGGGUGAUGCAUUUGGAACUGGCAUCGUGGAGAAGCUCUCCAAGAAGGAGCUGGAGCAGAUGGAUGUUUCAUCUGAAGUCAACAUUGUAAACCCCUUCGCCUUGGAAUCCUCAAUCCUCGAUAACGAAGACUCAGACACCAAGAAGUCCUAUGUCAACGGUGGUUUUGCAGUGGACAAAUCCGAUACUAUCUCAUUCACCCAGACCUCACAAUUCUAGAGGCCAGCUUCAGAUGGCUGGGAUGAGGACAGACAACUCCACGGGAGCCACCUCUUAGCAAACUCCAGCAUCAAGGAAUGAGAGAAACACUAAGAGUCAACUGUACAUUUAGUUUGAUAAACAGACCUCCAGAUUAUUUUCUAUAUUUGGCGUUAGAGCCUUUGUUCUCUGGGUUUGGGGAUUUGGGGUGGGGUAGAAUGAAAGGAAAUGAAGAAAAUUGUGUUAUCUGGAUUUUCUAAUUCUAUAAAACAAAGUUUGGAAGUAUAUGAAGUAGGUAACGGUUGGCACUAGGUAAUGGACAUGGAAGAGAAAUUGUUUUCUUGUACAUAGACCAGUGUUUGGGGUUUUUAAACAAUAUUAUUAUUGGCUACAAAUUUUUACUCAGGCUUUCUAUCGGUGUGACUUCCUCUGCCGUCUCGCCACUUUUUAUAGAUUAUGAUGCAUCUCAACAGACCCACCGAAUUAAAGUGCCAAAUUUUCCAUUUUGACCUCAUCUUCAGCCACUUUUAACCUACUCUUAAAAAAAAGGAUCAGCAUAGUUCUGCAAUAAUAGUUUUAAGAUAGUUGUGGGGUUUAGGGGAAGGGAGAGGGUUUUUUAUUCCUUGUACUGUAUUGGGAUGCUGGUAGCUGUCUAGCCAGUGUUCGUUAUAGAACUAUAUGUAUAUGUGUGUAUAUUUAUUAUUUUCAUAUAAUUUGCAAGACAGAGAUCAGUAAUGAACUAUCAAUGUGAAAUAAGAUGCUCUCCUUGUACUUGAAUCAAAACUACAAUUCCAAGCCAGGCAGCGUGGUGGACACCUUUAAUCCCAGCACUCGGGAAACAGAGACAAGCGGAUGUCUGUGAGUUCAAGGCCAGCCUGGCCCACAAAGAGAGUUCUAGGACAACCAGGACUGUUACGCAGAGAAACUGUCUCAAAAAAAACAAAAACAAAAAACAAACAAACAAACAAAAAAACAACCAAACAAGCAAACAAACAAACCCUGCAAUUCCAGCUGAGGUGCACUUCGGAGUUCACCAGAACGUUGUCAGGAGCUCUGGGAUGAGAACUCAAGCUGUUGGGUUACUAGGUUUCAGCCCUAAAACAGAAUGUAUCAUGGUGAAACUCUAUGGUGGCACAGCCCAUCAUUUACAACUUCCGGGUUCAAGCUCCCUCCGGGGGAGGUGCCCCCGUAGGCACUGAAUGAAUGCAUUGACAAAGGCAGCUCUCCCAAAGGCUGGAUGUGCCCAGAUCCAAACAGAAGGCUUCAAGGCUUCCUUCUUCAAGUACACUCAGGCCCACUUCACAAGGCUGCCACCUCACUGCCCUUGGUUCUCUCUGCCCACCAGGGCAGAAACAACGAUGGCCAGCCAUCACCCAAGUUGUGUUUCAAAAUGGGCUGCCUACGUGGAAUAAGUCACGUUGUAUACAUAUUACUGUUUGGUUUUUUUGAGACAGAGUCUCUACAUAGGACUGGCUGUCAUGGAACUCACGAUGUAGAUUAGGUUGGCCCAACUCAUAGAGAUCCUCCUGCCUCUGCCUCCCUAGUAUGGGGCUGAAAGGUGUGUGCCAUCAUGCCCAGCUCUAUAUGUAUUCUAACAGAAUAAACCCAGGCCGUGAGCUACUGGUACCAGUGGUUCAGGGAAAACGCUUCCAUUUCCUUCUGCCUCCUCCUUCGGAAAGGAUCAUUCGGAGAAUCUUGGCCCUGCUGCUUCGAAUCCUCUGCCUGUCUUUCUCCUGCUCAUUUCUGAAGAUAGCUUAUUAAAAGUCUACACUUCUGCCCCAUCUUGUAAAUAAAGCUCAACAAAAACUUGUACUUAACACGGAGAUAGAUUCUUAUCAAUAGUGUUUCUGUAGUAUCAUUAGCCACCUUAAACCUGUGCUUUUAUAUUUACGAAGUCAGAAAUUGUGCCAAAGAUAGCAAGGGGGUAAAUGAAUGCUCGGUGUUGGCCACCUGCUCCUGAAAGCUACAAGAAAAUGACACUAAAUUACCGGCUAAACAUCACAGUGGCCAAUGACUCUGAAAUUGGAAGUACAAAUGUCAGUAUUCUUUUAUAGGACGUAAAUCUAAAUGAAGUUGAGUGAAUACUUUAUUUAGGAGUAAAUGGCUCUUAUCAGGUGACUCUCAUUAGUGACACUAGAGUUGGCAGAGCUGUUCCCAAAUUCACUGGGGUCACCCUUGUAACCAGUCACUUAACACACAGUGCUCAUGAAAGAGGACAUGUUCCAUUUCCUUCUCAAUAAAUAUUUCUCACACUUUGUCCCCUUAUCUUCCGGCCUCUUAUCUAGUCUUUCAUUUGCCUGGGUAGGUGUGGGAAGGGGAAAUGCUGGCUAAUGCAAGAAGCUCUAUUAUUAUUGGCUUUAAGACCACAGAAGAUUGGUUUGAAAACCUUUUAUCACCUGAGCAUGACAGGUCAGGACUUGAGGAAAACAUACCGAUCCUUCGUGCUUACCAGUGAGGAUUACAAGGCUGAAAGACAGGCCUAUUAUGACAGUUGAGCUCAUAUUUUGUGGGCUGAAAUGAAAAUAGAAAUUUGCUAGAAACUGCUAUCAUGGAAGACAGCCAGCCGUAUCUCAAAGAGCAUGAUGUCUUGGUUCACUGAAGGGCCAAUCCUGCCCUCUGAGAUCGGACUACCAAUGACAAGGGGCGGGAUUUGAAGUGCCCUUGAACGGGAUGGCAUGCUCCUACCUGAGUACCCCAGUUAUGAGCAAGUUCUGCAGAACAGGACUCAUUUGUGUGACAGAUGUCAAAGGAAUAGACCCCACUGAAGAAGAACAGCAUAAGAAUGCCAGUUGCUUUAGGCACAGGAAUAUAGGUCAGUCUUGAGUACAGUGUGGGGGUGGGGACAUUCCCAACAACACAGCUCCUUAGAACAAAGUUUGGAAUAGCUGGUGCAGCUGAGCUGAGGCCCAGCACAUGAUGUGAGCCGUCUCCCAAAAGAGAGUGUCAUUACCAAUACCAACAGAUGGCUUUAAUUUUCUGUAAGCUCUCUGGGCUAUUAAAAAGCCACCUCUGUUCUUUUUUUUUUUUUUUUUUUUGGUUUUUCGAGACAGGGUUUCUCUGUGGUUUUGGAGCCUGUCCUGGAACUAGCUCUUGUAGACCAGGCUGGCCUCGAACUCACAGAGAUCCGCCUGCCUCUGCCUCCCGAGUGCUGGGAUUAAAGGCAUGCGCCACCAUCGCCCGGCUUGCCACCUCUGCUCUUAGGUCACCAUGGGAAACGGUGUGACCUGCUGAACAGGAGAGGGACAGAAGGAACAGUGGCUUUGCAGGUGGUUAAGAACCCUCCCUCUGUGGCAGAAUAUCCACACUGAUGUUCUGAGACUUGUAACUGCACAGCAAGAAAGCACAAGAGACAUAACUGGUGGGUGUCGGGGGGCUAUUUGUACACUGUGUGAAGAUGUAGUACUGUGAUUGGUUAAAUAAAGAGUUGAAUGGCCAGUAGCUAAGCAGGAGGCAUAGACAGGCCUUCCGACAGAGAGAGGAAAUAGGAGAUAAUCUAGGCACAUGGGAGACCUCAGGAGAAACAGAGAAGAAAUAGGAGGCACAAGAUGGAAGAGAGGUAAUGCCACGUGAUAGAAUGUAGAUUAAUAUAAGUGGGUUAAUUAAGUUAUAAGAGCUAGUGACACGCCUAAGCUAUAGGCCAAGCUUUCAUAAUUAAUAUGUCUCUGUGUCGUUACUUGGGAACUAGCUGGUGGGACAGAAAAAGACUCGUUACAGGUGGGCACACAACUCCAGUACCCUCUCACCUUGGUGAUCCUUUCUAGUAAUUCAAGAUGCUUGCCCUCUCCAAACAAACAAACAAAUUCAGCACAAAAGAUUAAGACAAUUUCCCAAGGUCACAUAAGGAACAGAGGUGGGACAGAUGAUUCAUUUUAACUUAAGUCUUGGGUGACCCAGGUAUUUCAAGACAUUUAAGAAUCAUUGUCGAAAUCUGCUUUAUAUUAUAAUGUCUGUAAUUAAAAAUAUUGCAUUGCAAUACUUACAGUUUUGCUAAG